GCGGACGAAGAUUUGCGUAGACGAAGAAAUGCGUGGACGAAAAAAUGCUUGACGAAGAAAUGCGCCGACGAAGAAAUGCGGAAACGAAGAAAUGCGCUACGAAUAUUUGCGCUUACGAAGAAAUGCGAGACGAAAUAAUGCGACACGAAUAAAUGCGCCGACGAAGAUUUGCGGACGAAGAAAUGCGGACGAAGAAUUGCGCGACGAAGAAAUGCCAUACGAAGAUUUGUCCUGGAAUCGUCCGUGGCGCCGUGUAUCCUCUCGUGUCAGCUUUCACCACCAAUGAAAGCUUCAAGGACCUACACCACUACUGAGCUGAGAGCAUGCUCAAACUUGGUGUAGAUGAAUUUAAGUGGUAGCUCUUUAAUUAUAUUUCAUAUUUUAAAUACUCAAACCACUUCAAGACACUCAGCAUGUCCGAGUCAGCUACCCCAAAGUCUGAUAUAAAGGACCCUACCAAGAAUGUGUCCACACCAAAACGUGAACCAAAAGACCUCUCGGUCGCCCCAAAGCGUGACUCAAAAGACCUCACACUGCCCACCAAGCGAGACUCGAAGGACGCCAUCAAGUCGCGUCACGACAUCUUCAUCCAGGAGAUCGAGAGCAUGGACGACUUCUGGGGCUCGACGUUCCGCGCCGUGUACGACAAGGGUGAACAGGACCAGUUCGCCCGUCAGCUGGACGAGCGUAUCCGCGAGCACGACCGCACCAUCGAGCGCAUGUGCAGCUCCCACUACCAGGGCUUCAUCGACUCGAUCCGCGAGCUGCUGCAGGUGCGCACAGAGGCGAGCAAGCUGAAGAACGAGGUGGUCGGUGUGCACGACGAGCUGGUGACUCAGUCUCGACAGCUGCUGUCGCAGGGCGAUGCCCUGGCGCGCGCUCGACGACGUCAGGCGAACACCGAACAAGGUGUGGCGGCACUCAUGGCCUGCCUGCCCGUACUGGAGAUGUACUCGAAACUGCGGCGUCAGAUGGCGGAACAGCGCUUCUACCCGGCGCUGAAGACGCUCGAGCAGCUGGAGGUGCUGUACCUGCCGCGCGUGGCGGACCACCGCUUCGCGCAGGCCAUCUGCGAGAGCAUCCCUAAGAUGCGUGACAACAUCCGCGCGGCGGCCAUGUCAGACGUCAAGGACUUUCUGGAGGAGGUUCGGUGCGAGUCGCCGCGGGUCGGCGAGGCCGCCAUGCGCCACGCGGCCGAGCAGUUUUUCGUCGAGCGACCUCCUCCUGCGCGCCUCCAGAAGCGGCACACGCUCGCCUUCCUAGGCGUGACGGCUAUUUCACCGAUCGCGCUGUACGGAGAGGACGGCGACGGCGAGGCGAGCGACGAGGAGGGCGCCGCACAGGACUUGGUCAACUUCUCGGCCGUUUACCGGUGUCUGCAUAUCUUCACCGCGCUCGGUGCACGAGAUGCGUUCGAGGAGUACUACCGCAAGCAGCGUCAGAAGCAGUGCAGUCUGGCGCUCCAGGCGCCCUCCGGAGGUCUGGCGCAGGACUCGCUCGUCGCCGUACAGGACUACCUACAUGGUGUGGCUGGGUUCUUCGUGAUCGAGGAUCAUGUCCUGAACACUGCCACGGGCCUGGUGACGCGCGUCUCGCUGGACCAGCUGUGGGACGAGGCUCUGAGAGAGCUGACGGGCGCACUGCAGACGCACGCCGCCUGCUGCACCGACCCGAACCUCCUGCUCACCUUCAAACGACUCAUCAUGGUGUUCAGUCAUACUCUUCGCAACUACGGCUUCAACGUCAAACCUCUGCACGGUCUGCUGCUGGAAGUGCGCGACCACUACAGCGAGGUGCUGAUGCAGCGCUGGGUGGGCGUCUUCCGGGAGAUCUUCGACCAGGACAACUACCACCCGAUCGAGGUCGACUCGCCGCAGGAGUACGAGCAGAUCACACGUGUGUUUCCGUACACUGACGCCGAGCUGGCGCGACAGCCGUUCCCCAAGACGUUCCCGUUCUCGUUGAUGGUGCCGAAGGUGUUUUCUCAGGUGAAGGAGUUCAUCCACUCGUGUCUUCGCUUCGCCGAAGACCUGGAUCUCAGUCAGGGUGAGCGGGAUGACCUGCUGCGCCAGUCGACUAACGUGCUGCUGACGAGGACGCUCUCUGGAUGUCUGGCGACGCUGAUCCGGAUCCCCGGGCUGGGCCUGCUGCAACUGAUUCAGAUCACCAUCAACACCAUCCACCUGGAGCAGGCCAGCGUCUACCUGGAGGACGUCAUCACUAAAAUCACCGGCUACAACCCAAAGCAGGACGGCGGCGUGCAGUCCACUCUGCUCGGCCGCGUCAUGUUCAAGGACAUCCGCGCCGAGACCGAGCAGCAGAUCUACCGGCAGCUGCAGGCCAAGAUAGACGAGUUUCUGGAGCUGGCCGCCUACGACUGGCUGCUGCCAGAACCGUCCGGCACCGCCUCCCCCUUCCUGGUCGACCUCAUCUCCUUCUUGGAGGCCACCUUCGGCGCGUUCACCAACCUGCCGGCGCACGUGGCGCAGACGGCCUGUAUGAGCGCGUGCCAGCACGUGGCGCGCCAGCUGCGUCAGAUGCUGUUGGGAGAGGAGGCGCGACAACUGUCCACCGGCGCCCUACAGCAGCUCAAUCUGGAUGUGAUACAGUGUGAACAGUUUGCCGCCUCUGAGCCGGUGGCCGGGUUCGAGGAGGGCGCGCUGCUGAUGUGCUUCGCCGACCUCCGCCAGCUCCUGGACUUGGUCCUCGAGUGGGACUGGGCCACCUAUUUCGCCGAGUACGGGACCCCCACCAGCCGCUACGGCCGGGUUACCCCAGCCACAGCGGUGAAGGUGGUGGAACGUCUGAGGGACGCCGACAAGAGAAACAUGUUCUCUGUGCUGAAACGCGCCGAGCGCGAUAAGAAGAAGCUGCAGGACACUGUGCUGAAGCAGCUGCGACAGCUGGUGGCGCAGGUCGGCAGCAGUUAAAUGGUGCGUGAGUGGGAGAUUUGACAAUUGGCGCUGCAUGAGCUGGACGCAUUCGUGUCUGGCAAGAGGCUAAAAUGGUGGAGAUUGCGGGACGCUUCUACGCGAGGAGCCCCCGCAAACCAGUCAUGUUGAGGCUAGUGUACUGCGAGAUACCAUGACAUACUGUUUACCAAAGGGCUUCAAGUUCGAGUCAUUGUAUGGCUGUUGACUUUGUGUUCAUGCGCUUGUCGUUCCCACCGAUGUGUUGACUGUAUCGUAUCACCUUGCAUGAAACUCCCAGGGUCGGGCUGAGAUUCCGGGGAGGCUGAUUUUUAUGUUGCGCUUACGGCGAACUGCCGCGUUCAUGGUGCAAAGCUGAGCUUGCGAGGCUUACUGAAUAACAUUCAGUAUGUAUAUCGUGCUAAGUCAUUAUGCUGGUCAACUUUUGUCGCGUGGAUAUUAUGGUAGGCUAUACAGUGGGGGUACCCAACAUGUGAUCUAUGAAACAUUGAUUACUCAAUAUAUCGAAUUGAAGGUU